CCCACUUUAACUGAACUCAGGCGCUUGUUAGGGACAAAAAUGAAGGCAACAGACUUUGCAAAGAUCUCCAACAUCCUUGUGGGUGAUGACAUCAGGUGUGCUCACAUUGAAUAUGGACAUGCGGACAAUGCACAGUAUGCGAGAAAAGUCACUGACAUCGCUACUGUCAUAAAGACAGCUUUUCCAACUCGACUGAACAUGUCAGCAAUAGCAGCAUGUAAACAGAGACCUGAUGAAGGUACAGACGACUACCUGCACCGCCUCACAGAAGUUUUCACCACCCACAGCGGCAUUGCUCGACCCAACAACACCGACCAGAUGACACCCUGGGAAACCCAUCUCUGUUCUGCUUUUCUGAAUGGACUGUUACCAGAGAUCGCUGCUGCCGUCAAACUCUCCUGUGUCUGUUAUGAGGAAGCCUGCUUGGAUGAACUACGACGACACAGCCGACAUAACCAAGCUCAGCUGAUGGCCAAGAAACAACAGAGGACCAUCAAAGCUGAGAAGGUACUUCAUCAAGCCACACUGACUCUUCUUCAGACCGCAUCCCAGCAACAUGGAGGCAAAGGCGGCUUCAAAAAGAAGGGCAGGAAGGGAGAACAAGGGCGCGGUAAAGGAGACAACAAGGGUCGGCAUUUCCAGAUUGACUAAGAGGGCAGGAGACGGGAGCUGAGCGCAGACCACUGGCCUCAACGCAGCAUGAAAAAGAUUUCUACACAGGUAAAAGACGCAUUGCCCCAGCCAGCUGAAGGUACUCUACACAACCUUAAGCCAGGUGAUUGGAUCGUGGUGAAAGAUCUGCGCAGGAAGAACUGGAGAUCGAAGAGGUGGUUAGGACCGUUCCAGAUCCUGCUAACUACACACACUGCUGUAAAGACGGCUGAAAGAGCGACCUGGAUCCGAGCCAAUCACUGCAGAAAGGUUCCUGAGCCUCCCGAGUAACCACACACCUGCCACACACUUACACGGCAGGGCUGCGCUGAGUCAUCACAGUUCUAGAGUGUACGAAGAACGCUGCUCUGAACUGCACCGGCGAAAUACAUAAUGCACAUACACGUUCCAGAGAAUACACCCACAUCUGUUGUCACCAAGCAACAUCCGAGGGACAACGUGGGACCGCCGACCACCAUGAGAACAUCCUGCAACCGUUCCAGAUUAGGUACCAUGAUGGGGCUGGCCUUGAUCCUCACUCUAAUCCUAUCUCCACUCUUGUGGUAUCUCACUCAUCGUACAGUAUAUCAGAUGGUGAGACUCACAAGGGAACAGACUGAUCAGUGCGUGGCGAUAUAUGGCCCGACCAACAUAACGGAAGGAGAUUGUCCUGUGACACUCUCAUGUCUAGCCAGAAUUGAUACUGUUCGAUAUCUAAGAGUAGUAAAAGAUUCUCGCAACAUUGCUUAUGUUCUUAGAUCUGACCUGACCUGGUGGCGCUGCUCUGCUGGCGACCCGGACUCGUGCUGCUGCCGUCUUUAUGCCUUUUAAAUGUUUUUAACUGUUUGGUCAUUUAUUUUUUGUCCGUGUCGUGUGAUUGCGAUAAAGUUCAUGUUGGACUGAUUACCAUGGCGACUUUUGCACAUGGAUUACUCUUGGUAUUGAUUGUUUGGGAACUUCUGGCGACUUACCAAACAGCUGCUCAGGUAGCGAUAAUACGGCAGCGUCUCCGGAGAAGAGGUAAUAAACCCCCGCUGCCCAGCCUGUUACUCAGCAAUGUCAGAUCGCUGAGGAGCAUAAUGGAGGAGCUCCGUGUGAACAGCAAAGUUUGCUUUGAGUACAGAGAAUCGAGUGUGAUGGUGUUUACAGAAACUUGGCUACAUCAUGAUAUUCCAGACUCCCUAAUUGGACUGGAGGGUUUCUCUCUCAUUCGAGCGGACAGAACAGAGCUGUCGGGGAAGAGCCGAGGGGGCGGGGUCUGUCUGUUUGUGAAUGACAGCUGGUGUAGGAACUAUACUGUGAGAGAGACUGUGUGCAUUGCCGACGUGGAGCUGCUGUGCCUGUCUCUGAGACCCCACUACUUACCGAGGGAGUUUGGAAAUAUUUUAAUAUGUGCUGUGUAUGUUCCCCCCAGCGGGAACGCAGCAAGGGCUGCUAUCAGAAUAGCAGACUGCGUUCACCAACAACUGCUACGCACACCUGGAGCCCCGAUUGUGAUUCUCGGGGAUUUCAACCACUGUAAAUUGGAACUAUCUCUCCCUGGAUUUGAACAAUAUGUGACAUGCAACACACGAAACAACAGAGUUUUGGAUAAAUGUUACGGAAACAUAAAAAAUGCAUACAUAGCAAAACCAUUGCCCCCACUGUCAA